UGGAUUCACAAAACGAGAAAGUUAGGGUUAUUAUUUGCACCGGAGGUUCAUGGGAGACAAUUCAUGGGGUGUUACGUUACAGGCCAGUAGGUUUAGCCAAACGUAUCUUACAACUGCCAUUGAAUCUAUCAUAUUCUGAAAUGAUGACUUGUGUUGCAAGUAAGCUGAAUGCAUCUUUGGAAACUGGUUUCAGAAUGACAUACCAGUUUCCCCUUUCAUCUUCUAACCAAAACAAGACUGUAGUUGUAGACAUAGCCGACGACGAGGAUGUCGAGGUAUUCAUGGACAUGGCGCUUAAAACGACAAAUGGACUUGUUACAUUAUAUGUCGUUGAGUCUGUUUCAAGUCGUGCGGAUCAAUCAGAUGUUGGAAACAAUGAAGGGGAGCGUGUUUUUACAUAUCAACAUCUUUUUCCUGAGCAUAAAACAACGAAUGCGGCUGGUACUUCGAGAAAUCUGACACAGGUCUUAGAAUCGGAAGAUGAGUUUGGAGAUGAAAGGGAUUUCGUUCGUGAUCAGAAAGAAAGUUUGUAUGGAGCGAAAGAGGUUAACCCGUUGAAGCAUUCGGGUGCACUAGACGGAGAUGAUGAUAUCUCCUGGUUGAUGAUGUCACCUCCGGAGUCAACACGUACACCGAGAGCACCCAUGCCGGAAAAAGAAGCUGGUGGCAGGGCCGGCAAAGGUAUCUUGUGGUGGAUGAAUCCCCCACCACCACCGCCAGCACCGGAUAUCAGUCUAAAACCACCAGGGUCUUGUAAGAUGGAAAAAGAUAGCUUUUGGGGUAUGCCUGAUCCGCCAUUACAAGACCCUAGACCGAGUAGCGAUCCAACAACACCGAAAUUGUUUAAAAACAAAGAAGCAUUGAAGUUAACUCUGAAGAUGAAGUGUGUUGAAGAGGGUUUUAAGAUGAAGACAACAAGAUCAACAAAAGAUAGGUAUGAGGUUAAAUGUGUGUCGGAUAAGUGCGAUUGGUGUAUCAGCGCCACAAGGGUUCAAGGUACGGACAUGUUUCAAGUUAAUAGUUUUAAAGUCGUACACAAAUGUUGACGAUCGCAGGUAAUUACUAAUCAUCCUCAAGCAGAUGUUGGAUAUGUAGUGUUUUUAAUAGGUAAUACUGUAAUA